AUGGCUGGUGUAUUUUACGUCGAUCCUGACAGCGGAUGUGAUGAACAAGGAGAUGGCUCAAUGAUAAAGCCUGUCAAGAAUUUAUUCAAAGCCAUGUUGUUAGCUGGCUCAAAUGAGGAAAAGUUUAUGGUUGCGACAAGGGAAGAGGGGAAAAUUGAAUGGAAAGAAGCUUCCAAAGCAGCUCUAAAGAAGAAUGCGAAGAAGGUCGAAGCCGAGAAGAAGAAACUUCAGAAAGCUUUAGAGAAGCAAGUUGUCCAAAAUCUUUCCCAUCAGCUCACUGAAGCCCAUCUUGAGGAGGCCAGGAACAAUGUUAUUGUUCUCGAUGAGACCUUGCCAACUCCAAUAAAUGUUAAAUUGCGGGAAGUUGCGGCUCACGUUGACAAGAGAAUUGUCGUAUCCGCAUGGGUGCAUCGGGUGAGACGACAAGGUAUGUGUAAAGUUGUGUUUUUAUUAUUUUAGGAAGAAACCUCAUGUUCUGGGUGCUGAGAGAUGGUACUGGAUUUGUACAGGCCGUUCUGAAUGAUGCGUUAUGUCACACGUACGAUGUUUCGACCGUUCAGCCAGAAUCGUCAGUCUUGGUUUAUGGCACUGUCAAGAAAUUGCCGGAGGGAAAAACCGCCAUAGGUGGAGUAGAAUUGGCGGUGGAUUAUUGGUCCCAGAUUGGAAAUUCACCACCUGGAGGCGUCGAACAUGUGCUCAACGUUGAAGCGAAUGUCGAUGUCAAGCUCGACAAUCGUCAUCUCGUCAUUCGUGGAGAAAAUACUUCCAAGAUAUUGAGGGUUCGAGCUGCUGUCACCAGAGCUAUGAGAGAGCAUUUUUAUAGCCGCAAAUAUACCGAGAUGUUCCCACCCACCCUGGUUCAGACUCAAGUGGAAGGUGGAUCUACAUUGUUCAGCUUAAGUUUCUUUGGUGAAGAUGCGUACUUAACGCAAUCCUCACAGUUAUAUCUUGAAACCUGUUUGCCGGCAGUCGGAGAUUGUUAUUGUAUUGCUCAGUCUUACAGAGCGGAAAAGUCCCGGACAAGACGCCAUUUGGCUGAAUAUAGCCAUGUUGAGGCCGAAUGUCCUUACAUCACUUUUGAUGACCUCCUUCAGAGGGUUGAGGACGUUGUUUGUGAUACCGUUGACAGAAUCCUGGAUGAUCCUGAAGCCAAGGCCUAUGUGUUCGAAUUGAAUCCAGUAAGGUUGUGGACUGUUGGUUUUAUGUUUUUGUAGAAUUUUGAGAAACCAAAAAGACCGUUCUUAAGGAUGACGUAUGCUGAUGCAAUCAAAUGGUUGAAGGAAAAUGGCGUCAAGAAUGAAGAAGGUAAAGAUUUUGAGUUCGGGGAAGACAUUCCUGAAGGGCCAGAACGCGCAAUGACUGAUAAGAUCAAUCAGGUAUGUUUUCUUUGAAUUAGCACCUUGGCGCUCCGAGGAGAGGGGUUGCUUGAGAAGAUCUAGAGAUAUGCGAAAGUCCUAGCUUGCGCUUUGCAGAAACGACCGAGAUUUUUACAAGGAAAGUACUUUUAUUGGGCCUCCUACUUUUUGACGGGACAUCUCAAAAAAUCAGAAAAAAAUAUGCUGGUCAACGAUAUAUAAAGCUUAGCUGCCCAUUUUAGGUUUUUAGGGGUGAAAACUCAAUCGGAAGUUGACUUAAAGUCCUAUAUGAACCCCCUUUCGCUUAAUUUUUCACAGGUUUACAAUUUUUAUUUUGGCUUAAAAUGAUGUUUAUUGAGUUUCUAAGACGUAAUAAAUCAGUCUUGGCACAAAAAUUUAUUUUUCCGACCUUCAACUUCAAAAAAAGUUAAUUUGGUCCAAAAGGGAAAUCGAACCCGUGCGGCGCUUUUUAUCGUUUCGAAUGCCUGCGCCUUUUGUAGGGAAAUUAAGCCAGUUUUGGGCAUUUUCACCCCUAAAAACCUAAAAUGGGCAGCUUAGUUUUAUAUAUCCUUGAUCAGCACAUUUUUUCUGAUUUUUUGAGAUAUGUCCCGUCAAAAAGUAGGAGGCCGCAUAAAAGUACUUUCCUUGUUAGAUCAAAAGCCGGCGAAAAUUUGACAAUUUUUACCGCAUUUCGGCACGAAAAGUUUCAUACCUAUUUCUACUGUAAAGGGUAAUGUUUCCACAAAAAAAUAUUCCGCGCGAAACUAGCGAAGUUAUGGCCAAAAGGUGUUUCUCUCUCUGACCGCUCUCCACGUUUAGUGUACUCUCUCGGUGGCAAAAAUCGUUAAAUAUCUCGGCGACGCCUGUAAAGCGCGAGCUAAAGCUUGCAGGAAUUGAAAGUUAGCCUAAUUUUAUCCUAUAGCUAGGGAAGGGACUCAAUUUGCAAAUUGACCAUCACCAAACGAUACGUGUUGCACCCUUAGAAAGCCCUUGAAAAGUAGUACUGGAAACCACUUUCAAUUGCUGCAGAACGCCAUUCCGCUACGACAUACUGUAGUUUACAGUUUUUUCUAGGCCGUUUUGCAAAACAUUUCUUUCCUUUUCUUGGGAGAAAAAAAUCCUUUUACAAAAAGUUUAGUUCAGUGGUUGCCGUGCAGGCUGUUUGCCCUCGUAUUGUUACAGCCCGCAGGACAAGCAAGAGUAUUUGUCCAGAUUUUAUUGGCGCACCUUGUACUUAAGGGACAAAUCAAACGUUUAUAAUUUUCUGCGCUUAGGUAUUCUGCGAAAAUCGAAGCUAGUUUCUAAUACUUCUUUUCAAGGGCUUUACAACUGUGUAUGUCACUUACUGUUUGGUGAUGGUCAGGUUGCACACUUCCUUUGUAAGUGAUUGCGACCACAUUUCGAAGAUAUCCAACGUUUUUAUCGCUUCCUGGCUGAAAUUUCUUUGCUUUUCUGGUUUUAGCCCAUUUUGUUGAACCGAUUCCCGGCUGGAAUCAAGUCCUUUUACAUGAGUCGUUGCGAAGAUGAUCGGGAGUUGACGGAAUCUGUUGACUUGUUGAUGCCUGGAGUCGGUGAAAUUGUUGGUGGAUCGAUGAGGAUUUGGAAAGAAGAAGAAAUGUUAUCUGCAUUUGCCAAGGCCGGAAUUGAUCCCAAGAAUUAUUAUUGGUAUGUGGACCAACGCCGCUAUGGUGGUUGUCCCCAUGGUGGAUACGGUCUGGGGUUGGAGAGAUUUGUUUGCUGGCUUACAGCCACUGAACAUAUCCGCGAUGUGUGCUUGUAUCCUCGGUUUGUUGGACGUUGUACUCCAUAA